AUGAGCGCCUCCACCUACGCCUACCUGACGCGCUGCAUUCCCGCCAUCAGCGUGCUCGGCGUGCUCUUUCUCCUCUUCGUCUCGUUGAUCGUCGCGCCCAACACCAAACAGGAUGGCAGCAGGCUCGGUGCUGCGGCUGCCACCUCGCAGCUCGUGCUGGCCGUGUACACGCUAUUCAUCCACAUCGCCCCCGUCUUGUUUCCUGCGAGACUGUGCUGGGCUAUUGGAGAUGUUAUGAAGAGGAUGAAGGAGAGCGUGGCCGUUGCAGAGGCGUACAAGAAGCAGACCCUGGAGAAGGGCGAGGCCGCGUCGUCGCUGAAGUUCGUCAUCAUCAUUCCCGCCUACAAGGAGUCCGUCGAGACGAUGGAGGAGACGUUGAAGGUCUUGGGCAGCCAUUGGCAGGCUCGCAGUGCAUAUCAUAUCUAUCUUGCAAUGGAGGCCAAGGAGGAGCAUUCCGAUAAGAAGGCGGCCAACUUGAUUCGAGCUUUCCAGAGCUCCUUUUACCGCAUGAGCUACACCAUUCACCCGUUUGGUAUCCCUGGCGAAGCACAGGGCAAAAGCAGCAACGAGAGCUGGGCUGCCAAGCAAGCUUUCAAAGACUACGCCAAUGCCAGCAAAGGAGAGGUUAUAAUGACCACCAUGGAUUCCGACACUCACCUCUCCGCUCGCUACUUUUCUCAAGUCGCACAAUAUCACCAUCGCUUCCCCGAAACGAGCGCCGAGACCAUCUACGUGCCUCCGAUCGUCUUUGAUCGCAAUAUCCACGAAGUCCCCCUCCCAGUGCGCACAUCCGACAUGAUUUGGGCCGGCGCCGGCAUUUCCAAUCUAUACGACGGCUCGAACAUCUGCAUUCCCACCUCCGUCUAUUCUCUGCCAAUGGUUCUGGCGGAGAAUGUGGGCGGAUGGGACACCGGGCCCGAUGCCAUCGGCGAAGACAUGCACAUGUAUUUGAAGUGCUUCUUUGCUUUGUCGGGCAAUCUCAACGUCAAGGUCGUCUACGCCGCCGCGAGUCAGUGCGACGUCAGCAGCGACGGCACUGGCUUCAGUGGAUACGUGGAUGGCCUCAAAGCGCGCUACAAGCAAGCGCUCCGGCACAUGUGGGGUUCCUUGGACACGGGCUAUGCCAUUCGACAGACUAUCAGCAUGUUCGAGAGACGACGAAGAAUGAGUUUCGGCGCCUCGCCCGAUCUGCUGGACACCGUUCUGCACACCAAACACCUCCUCGUCAACGCCAUCUCCGCCGUCUGCAGCCCCAACGGCGCCGCCCUCCCCACGCCCAUCAUCAAAUGCACGCCCCCAAGCCCGCAAGCCACGCGACACCCCCAACCCUUCCCCCACGCUUACAACAAGCCCAUCCACUUCCGCAACCUGUGCACCCUGCUCAACAGCCUCUUCGAAGCGCACUUCGUGCCCGUGCACCUCGCCCUCAUCCUCGCCACCACCACCAUCUACGACCUCCUCGCCGGCGCCUCCGUGCCCCACCACCUCGCCCUCGCCCUCCGCAUUUCCGGCCUGUGCCGCUUCGCCGGCUGGUCGCUCAUCUGCGUCUACUUCUACCGCUACGCGCAGUACCACCAUCUGUGCCUCUCGCUGCGAGAGCAGGAGAUGCGCGAAGCUGGCUUGCUGGACGAGUGCGAUGAGGGCAAGCAGCACGAGCAGAGGAGCGAUGGGUACAGUCGGAGGCUUUUUGGGCCUUUGGGCGGUGUGGCGGAGGCGGGACUCUUUUUUAUCGGCGGCUUUUUGUUCGGGUCUAUCCCCGCUUGCCAGGCUGUGUUGAGUCACGUCUUCACCGAAAGGCUGGCCUAUCAAGUCAGUCUGAAGCCGUCGUUCAUGAAGGUGCUGGAGAACGUGGAUCAGAAGACAGGGUGA